AUGAACACAGCACUCAAUGAAUUACGCUCCAAAUCCUCACUCCUUUUCGGAACUUGUAUCCUUGCUGGUAUCCACAUCACUCCAUCACUACAUGGCUCUCAAAUGCAUCAAGAUAUUUAUCGUCAUAUGCACGUACUCCUAGGUCAGGCCCAGCUAGCUUCAGCUGCGUCGCUAGACACAAUCCAAUCAAUGUUGAUUUUCUCCAUGUGGGAUCUUAGACCUGCGCGUGACUAUGACCAUGGUAGUUCCUGGCUACUAAGUGGUAUGGCAGCUAUGAAGAUGGUCAUCACUACCCCUUUUGAACAACUACUACAGACAAGUGGGAUCGAGGAAGAAGGUCGGGCCCGAGAAAUUAUGCGCACUUGGAACCUGAUUUGCCUUUGUCAACUGCAAUUCUCUGUCGGCUCCGGUCGCCCUCCUGUGAUAGCCAGUCAGUACUUUGAUCAAUGCGCCAAAGUGAUCGAAUUCCCAUCAUAUAACCACCGCGAUGAGCUUGUACUAUCUGGUGUAAACUUAUAUCGCGUUCUUUGGGAGCUGACUAGCUCCAAUAGUCCAGUCUGGCCAGAGAUGCAGAAAUUGCGGAAAUCACAGGAGCAUAUCUAUAAUCUGGAUUCAUCCGAACCAUUGAGGUUUGCCUACUCAUGUGCCUAUCUUAUUCUUGCUCGCCGUACACUCCAACACAUGAACGACCCAGUCGGCAAAACAUCAUCUGAGUUCGAUAAUGCACUCCCAUUUGCUAAAUUUGCCGUUCAUCAUGCACACCAAGUCCUACGACUCUUCUUAAGCAUGUCAGAGAUGACCACUUACAUUCACCCUGCUUAUGAAAACCUCCUCUGCUCCUUCGCCAUGGUAACAUUGGCUGAGUUCUCACCACACGUGACUGAAGUUAGUGAGACUCUCACCCUCAUGGAGCGGGUUAUCUCGCAUAUUCAGCGUGGAGGAAAAGCGGAGCCGGUGAGCCGAUGGUCCUUGAAUAAGAUCAGACAGCAUGCUAGUGGAUGCUGCGAAGCGGAUUUGUUUGUAACCAGGACCGAGGGCGCAGAGGAACUAGAUCCAUCAAUGACUAGUCAUGCACCCAAGUCAUCUUGGCUGGACAACGACUGGGGUCUUGAACUAGAUUUUCCCUCAUUGGAAGAGAUGUUCUUCGGGAACGUGACCUAG